CUCUCAAGCUGGGGAAGGAGCUUCUGGGGAGGGACUUGCGUGGUUGCGGCCCAGCUUCCGCAAAGUGAGGGGUUUGUUUCCGAGGGGAAGGCCUUCCGGGAGGACCGAGAGUGCGCAGGUGAGUCCUCUCUGGCAGGGCGGGCUGAGGGCCAGCCCCGGGGGCUCAGUACGGCAGUGACAAGCUCAUGCUCUCUGAGUGCUACCCAGCUGAAGGAGGAUUCACCAAACCGAUGAAAAGGGCUGAGGAGCACGUGUAAGAGGACCUGGGACCCUGAAUCGUGCUUGUCUGUGAAAUGCAGUUAACGCAUCAGCUGGACCUAUUUCCCGAAUGCAGGGUGACCCUUCUGUUGUUUAAAGAUGUAAAAAAUGCUGGAGACUUGAGAAAAAAGGCCAUGGAAGGUGCUAUUGAUGGUGCAUUAAUAAACCCUAAAGUGAUUGUUGAUCCAUUUCAGAUACUUGUGGCCUCAAACAAAGCAGUUCAUCUCUACAGACUGGGAAAAAUGAAGACAAAAACUCUAUCGACUGAAAUUAUUUUCAACCUUUCCCCAAAUAACAAUAUUUCAGAAGCUCUGAAAAAAUUUGGUAUCUCAGCAAAUGACACUUCAAUUCUAAUUGUUUACAUUGAAGAGGGAGAAAAACAAAUAAAUCAAGAAGACUUAAUAUCUCAGGUAGAAGGUCAUCAAGUUUCUCUGAAAAAUCUACCUGACAUAACAAAUAUUACAGAAGUCAAAAAGAUAUAUAAACUGUCUUCACAAGAAGAAAGUAUUGGAACAUUGUUGGAUGGUAUCAUUUGUAGAAUGUCAACAAAAGAUGUUUUGUAAAAUGACAGAAAUAUUAAGAUUUUUCAUAAGAAAACAUUGAUUUUUCUUUCUUGAUUAUAAAAUGUGUAUGUUCAG